AUGGAAUAUUUAAAUUAAAUAAACGGCUAUUUGCCUUAGUUGAUUACUUUUUUAACCUAGCAUAAGUAUGAAAUUAAAGGAUAUGAAUCUAAGAAGACAGAUUAAAACAUUCUUUCUGAUUUAUAAAUUUAGCAUGAGGAACAUUUUUUGUUAUUGAGGGGAACAAAAACUCAUCUUGAAUAAAAUCAGUAAGUUUGCAUUAAAAUUUCGUACUCCGAUGCUUCAUCUUAUGAAAUAGUAAAAUAGGAAGCAAGUAUUCUUAAAGAUUUAUUGAUUUUUAAGAGCGUUGUUUAGUUUGUCGAUGAAUUUGAUUUUGAGGAUCAAAGUUUAUUUAUACUAAUUACUGAAUCUUAUGAAAAAUUUGUUUAGUCUGAAAUUGAUGUAGCUUAGAAAUAUAAUGAUGAGCUUGCUCUUGUAAAUGUUUAUUAUAGGAUUUUGUUCUCUAUCUUUGAACUUCAUGAAAAUAACUACUUUCAUGGCAACAUUAAUCCUAAUUCGAUUGUUGUAGAUGGAGAAGGAAAUUAUAAAUUUAUUAAUUUAGUGACUAAGGAGUAUUUGUUUCAUAAUUUUAAUAGUGAUAGUCAAAAUAUUAGCAGCAACUAGGAAAUUCAAUUAGAGCAAAUUUAAUAAAAGAAAGAAUUUAUUAAUAGUAGUCUCUACAUUUCACCUGAAAUCAAAAAAAUUAUAACUAAAAGAAAGACUAAUUAGAUAGAAGAAAUAUUGCAAUUUCUAAAACAAUCAGAUGUUUACAGCUUAGGCUUAGUUUUUUUAACACUUCUAGGAGUUUAAAUCAAUAAAACUACCAUAAAAUAGAUCAAACAUUAAUGCUUUGAUGAUAUCCUAAAAGUCCUACCUUAAAAUAAAAUAAAGUUAAUCUCUUUUGUCAGAAAUUUCAUGCUAAAUUAUAAACCUAGUCUUAGAGCUACAUCAUUUUAAUUAAGAAAGGGUUUAUUCUAACAGUAUGAAGAAGUCUACUUAUUUAAAGAAAAAGAGUUAUUAAAAUUAAAGGAACUUGUAAAGUUUUAUGAGCAAAACAAGAAACUAACGGAGCACUAUAAAGCUUAUCUAGUUUUCUAACUUAUUUAAUUCGAUCUUGUCUAUAAUAAUUAUAUGCACCUUCAUUAUACUAAAAAUCUACUUAUAAAUUUAGAUAGAAGCUCAUAUGAAAAAGAUCAUUUUUUGAUUCAUGAACUAGGCAUCACAUAUUAUUAUUUUAAAGACUUUAAAAAAUAUGUUGCUUACUGUUUCAAAGCAUUAGAAAUUAGAUAGAAGAUAUACCCUAAAAAUCAUUAGUUUAUAGCAGAAUCUCUUAAAGAACUAGGAAAUGGGUACAAGCAUAUUGAAACUAAUUGUGAAAAGUCAUUCACCUAUAAAUCAGAAGCCCUUAACAUAUAUAAAAGCUUGUAUGAAAAUUCUCAUGAAUUGAUAGCUUAAACCUUUCAAAGUAUUGGAUCAGAUUUUCUUUUGUAUAAAAAAUAUUAACAAGCUCAAUUAUUUUUGACCUAAAGUCUAGAAAUCAGAAAGCAACUCUAUGUGGAUAAUCAUCUCUUCAUCUCUGAAAAUAUAAGCGAGCUCAUAAAAUGCUAUAAGCUUUAAUCAGAAUAUGAUAAAUGCAUUUUCUGGAACCUAAAAAAUUUUAAAAUCAAAUACUUCUUAUUCAAAUAAAUAAGCUACGAAGAUCUCACCUAUGUCCAGUCGUUAAUAAUUAAAAUUAAAGACCCUCAAAAAAGACUCAAAUAUAAUCUCAAAAUUCUUAAACAACUAAAUAAAAUGGAAAACUGCAACCUACAAUACAAAGCAGAAUUGCUGAAUAGCAUCUCCUCUAUUUACUUUGAAAUUAAAGACUAUGAAAAUUACAAAUAAUUCGGAAACCAUUCAAAAAAUCUGCUCAAUUAAAAAUGA